GCUGACAGCACGUAAAUCUGGACUAUAUAUGAGAGCCCUUUCCAUCGACCAACUCAUCGCUCCCGUCCCACGACGUUAGUCGGUUGCUCGCUCACAGCAGAAUCGCAACAUCCGUCUCGUUCUCGUUCAAUCACCAAACCCGCUCAUCGCCAUUGUACCCAGACUUUCUGUGUCUGUUUUUGGUCUGUACCUGUGGCAGCUUGCACGCAAUGCAGUGAAACGGUGUACAGCUCUGUCAAGAGCAGCUGGUGAAUUCACAAGAGUUAGGGAGAGGGAGAGGGAGAGGGAUCGAGUUUGGAUUGCUCAAGAUACGACUCGGAGCUUGAAAAAAUGUCUGUCUGUAACAGUCUGUCGUCUACAUUUUCAUCCUACUUUACCUCCACAGACUUACAUCUUCUCAAGGGCAAGCUCAGUCACGGGUGUAAAACAAAUGAUCGGUCUGAGGCUCGCGUUGUGUGCCGGUUACCGAACGAGGACAUCAAGCCAUUAAAAACAGCAGAGGAGGCUCAAGAUGGCACAGCGAGAAGUGAUGCGAGUUCAGGCAGAAGCAGUCGGCGGGAAAUCAUCUUGAGAACAACAAACAGUGCUGCCGUGUUGGCGUUUGUCAACUUUAGAGGAGAGAGACCAAGUUAUCUGGGAGUGCAGAAAGGGGUACCGUCUUUGGCUCUGUGCCCUGCAACUCCGAACUGUAUAUCCACUGCAGAGGAAAUUAACGAUCCAGGUCAUUACGUACCACCCUGGACAUACAAUCCCGAAGAGGGCCGGGGUAGGAGAAACCCUGCUUCCAAGGAACAGGCAAUGCAAGAGCUGAUCGAAGUGGUGGAAAAGACGAAGCCGGACAAUUUCACCCCACGCAUAGUGAAGAGAACGGAAGACUAUAUCUAUGUCGAAUAUGAGAGCCCACUUUUGAAGUUUAUCGAUGAUGUAGAGUUCUGGUUUCCUCCGGGCGGGCGGUCUCUCGUAGAGUACAGAUCAGCUUCUAGGGUAGGAAGUCAGGAUUUCAACAUCAACCGCAAAAGAAUCAAGGCUCUGCGUCAAGCUUUGGAGAAGAAAGGAUGGAAAUCUGUUGGGUUUUAGACGCUUGCGAGCUUACCUGAGGUGCUCGCACGACAGAACCAAAUUUGGGGUCGUUCGCACGAUCAAACUCCAGUGUCGCAGCAUCGGAUUAUACUGGAGAAGAGCACACUCCUGGCUAGAAGCUAAGAAUACCAGCCGAAUCGCGACUACUGUAGUGAUAGAUGGAAGCUCAUAAAAUCAUUUGAAAUAAAAUGUAAGGAAGCUCAGAAACGUAAGAUCCCUACCGAUUCAACCACCUAUCGAGUUUCAGAUUGAUGCUCUAGAGAUCUCAUGGGCUUUUCCUAAAUGAACUGUGAUGAAUCCUCUCUCCCAACUUCCUGAGUCUUUCCCCCCGCCCCCCCUACCCCCUUCUCGCUGGUCAAUGAUCUUCCUAUAUAUGGUAAUCCGUGGUAGAUAGGCUUGGGAGCGCAGUUCGAAGGCAGAAGGUCGCAUCUCACUUCUGACGAUUAAAAUAGACCUCGCCCAGCCCGCCCAGAAACGCUGUCAAGUGUCUCCAUCGAUGCGACUCUGUACUUGCCUACAACUACUUGCUGAACCGACAGGCUUGCCGGCCUGUAGUUGGUACUGGUCAUUCAUACUCUUGUUGGACGGCUACUUUUGGCUCUGGGAUCUUAUCAGCUGAAAGUCCAGUGCGCGAGUUACCAUUUUACCAAGUAGGUAGGCAUGUCCGAGAAGGCAUAGUAACUUCUAGAGAGUACGAAUGUGAUCAUGGUUUCGGCUGACGGGCAAUUAAAAAACUGGUAAAU